AUGAGAUCAAUAUUAUCUAAAGUGGUUAUUAAGCCAGAUAUUUUCAUUGGUUGUACUGAAGAUGCUGCUAGAAGAUGGAUCAUUGAAAUUGAAAAACCAAAAGAUAUAGAAGUCCUUCUUAAAUUAUUCCAAGGUAGGCUUUCAAAAGACUCAUCCGAGUUUCCAAAGGUGAACAGACUGUUGAGCAAGUUUUUAUUGAACAUGAUCCUUUUAGGAGUAGCCGAUAUUCUGGUCACUGAUGGAUUUCAAUACUUGUAUAUUGAGCUGAAAUCUGCAGACGCUACAAAGAUUGAAUUCAACUACUACUAUCUUGAAAACAUUUCUACAAAACCAACAACCAUUAAAGAAUUCCUUUUCUGGUGGUUUUACAAAAAGAGAGAAUUAGAAGUCAAUCAAUUGAUUCCAUUAUCUGAUUUAAUCAACAAACAUUUGAAAACAGAUGGAACGUCUCAAGAACCUGAUGUUGAAGCUAAUGGAAGGUAUAAGUUUGGAAUUAAAGAUGUUAUACAAUUAUAUUGA